UUCUCAGUUAACUGCCUGUCCACAGUUGGAUGAGCCAACUGUAAACCACACCGGGUCUGUUAAUUAAUUAAUGUCCCUUAACUGCAAGGCAGACUCCCCCCAUUGUACUAGAGUAGUUUUCAGCUGGUUACAGAGGUGCUCACUUGUGCUUUUUGGUUCCGCUGGUGUUGUUGUGGGAAGGCAAAAGAAACAGCUGUGGAUGGUCUUCAGCAUCAUACCCAGUAUCAAUCAUCCAGAGGGCCAUUGUGGUCCUGUCCUGUAAACGGCGCCAGUGCAAGCAGGGAGGGAGACAGAGAAAGAAGAAGAGAGAGCCGAAGGAAGAAGGGGGAAGGGGGUAGGGUGGAUGCAGGGAGAACCAGGGAAGAGGAUGGUCGGUGAACUGCCUGGAUGCCCACCUCAGCUCCUCCUGUGGGUCUGGGGGGCUCUGCUGCUGUCUCAGUGUCUGUCGUUGGUUCUCUCCCAGGUCCCGGAUCCUGAGCUUUUACCCACAGAACCCCCAAAGAAGCCGGAUCCUGUCAAUUCAGAGACUGUCGUUUUCUGGGGACUGCGGUUAUGGCAGGUCAUAGGCAUCUUCUCAGUGUUUGUCUUGGCUGUUGUUAUCACCCUGUGCUGCAUUUUCAAAUGCCGGAUUCCAAGGACGAAAAAGGAAAUCGAAGCACGACAUGCACAACGACAGGCUGCCAAAAAAUAUGCCAACACAUUAGAGACAGUGCCACCUCUGAAUGAGCUGACUGAGGUCCCAGGAUCUGCAAAACCAGAAGAAAAGACUGAAGUUCCAUCUGUGUCUGGAAAAGUGGAUGCUGAUAAAGGAGAAAAGAGGAACAAGGAAGGGAAGAAAGACAAAAGUGCCAAAGAAGGGAAAGGUGAUGAAAAGGACGCUUCAACAAAAAAGAAGGGAGAAAAAGGAGAGAAAGAGGAAAAGGGAGCGUCCAAGAAAGAAGGUGGCGAAGGAAAAACAAAGAAGGUUGACAAAGGAGAAAAGAGCGACAGAGGCAAAGGAGGGGCUAAAGCAAGAAAUCCGAAAAAUGAACACUGAACCCCUUUAAAACAAAGAAAAAUAUCUCCCUUUUUUAUUAUACUCAGCAAAUGUUAUACUUUUCUAAAAUAAAAGUUGUAUAUUGACUUCAAAAUAAAGUUAAAUCAAUUUCAAAAACCGUGCUCCUCAGUGUUUAAGUAAGAAUCAGAAAAAAAGCAGAAAAUAGUGAAAUUACAUUUUUAUUUUCUUACACUGUACUGAUGAUCAGAACAUUUUCUCUAGUAUUUACAAUGAUAUAUACAUAUACCUUCAUCAGAGCUGACUGAAAUGAUGAAAACACAUAUCUAAGGAAACACUGCCAACAUACUGUACUAGAGUUUUACACAAGGCCUUAAAACUAAUCCUACCUCCACUGUGUACAUUUCAGCAUAAAUAAAUGACAUAAAACACACCAUUUACUUCCAGAAAGAG